GGUGCCCCAAUGGAUGUGCGAGACUGAUUGAGUAUUGCUACAGUCGAUUGUACAGCCUCGUCCACAUGGGACCUCUCCCGACGCCAUCGGGCGACCCGCUCCUGUCAAAGCCCGUGCUCCAUGAGCGGUACUGCAGCGACGCCCUCUCUCGGCAGGGCGCGGAAUCAUGGGUCUCGUGUCUAGAUCUCCAAGCUGUGCUCCAUGCCUCGGAAGCCUCGCGACCCUUGAGUACCUCAGUGAUACCACGGCCAUAAGCAAGACAUCUCCAUGAUCUGGGCCAUCAGCAUCCUAGACUAUUCUAGGAGGUGCACUUGUGAAAAAGACCUCUAAACGUAACAGUAUCGCAGCGGAUAACAGCUGACGCAUUCCACCUCGCAAGUUUGACCUUGGCCACGGAAUUGCAUAGGUCUCCAUCAUGUUGUUGUGAUGCGCUGUAUUCCGUGCAUGCGGAUGAGCUUGUCCCCGGUCCCGGAUUGUGAACGGGAGCAGUCCACUGCCACUCAAGGCAGACAAAACUUCCAAGGACGGGUAUCCGAGGAAGCUACCUUUGAGUUCCGUGCCCCGUCCCCAUACGGUCUAAUGACGACGUCGCCAACGUUAUACGCCGGGUGGCAAGCUGCGACCUGUUGCAGGAAGCUAAUCACUUCGCCGAUGUUGUGUUCCACUAUCCAUUCAUUACGAAGGUCACGCAGGCCACUGCGGGUACUCUGUCAGGUGCAAACCGAAGCCCAAAAGGAAGAUAUAUUCUGAGAUUAUUACUCAAGUACUCACCUCUAUAUCCAAGCAAGUAGAACCCCUAGUAACAAGCGAGAGCCUCCGACCGUCAACAGUGCUCAACGUUCACCACGAAGGCGGGUUGGCAGCCACAUACAGAGAAUCCAACAUAAGCAGC